AGGUGGGCGGGGAACCUGUCUCCGCCCUGCGAUUCCAUUUCUCGGAGUGUGUGUCUGGCUAUAAGUACGCUACUGCCGAACUCGUGUCAUCACAUUCAAUAAAAUAAGUCUACAAGAGUAUUGAAACAGCGAGGGUCCGCAUCGAAGGAGAGAAGACCCGUAAGGACAAGCCUACUGGACCGGUACCAGUGGUGAUCAAAAUGAAUGAGACGGACCAUCAGCUAGUAGAAUAUGACUUUGAGCGGCGAUUUGACGAAAGAGUCGCAAUCGAAUGGAUGCAAGAAAAUUGGAGCAAGUCCUUCGUGUUCUGCGGCCUCUACGCUGCAGCCAUAUUUGGGGGCCAGCAUUUCAUGCGGGAGAGGCAGAAGUUGGACUUGCGUAAGCCCUUGGUGCUGUGGUCACUUGGCCUGGCGCUCUUCAGCAUCAUCGGGGCCCUGCGGACCGGCUGGUACAUGCUGCACAUCCUCAACACCAGCGGCUUCAAGCAGUCCGUGUGCGACCAGAGCUUCUACAGCGCCCCCGUCAGCAAGUUCUGGGCGUACGCCUUCGUCCUGAGCAAGGCCCCUGAGCUGGGCGACACGGUGUUCAUCGUGCUGCGGAAGCAGAGGCUGAUCUUCCUGCACUGGUACCACCACAUCACCGUCCUGCUCUACUCCUGGUACUCCUACAAGGACCGCGUGGCCGGCGGCGGCUGGUUCAUGACCAUGAACUACCUGGUGCACGCGCUCAUGUACAGCUACUACGCCCUGCGGGCGGCCGGCGUGCGAGUGCCCCGGCCCUACGCCAUGAUCAUCACCACCUCGCAGAUCGCCCAGAUGGCCAUGGGGCUGACCGUGAGCGGCUUGGUCUACCGGUGGAUGCAGGAGGGCCACUGCCCCUCCUACCUGGACAACAUCGUGUGGGCCUCCCUCAUGUACCUCAGCUACCUGCUGCUCUUCACCUCCUUCUUCUACCAGGCCUACCUCCGGGGCCCCCAGGCCAAGGGCCCCAAGGCGGAUUAGGGGCCCCCUCGGGUGUACCCUCCCGCCCCCCGGCCCUGUGCGCGAGGGAGGGGCCGUCCGUAACGUAGCGCACACUGACUUUUUUUGGUUUGAUUUACAGGUUCCUGCAACUGUAGCAAUCGGGCUUUGUGGGCGGAAUUUCUCCUGCCUUGUUUGUACAGGCAACCCAAAGGACUGUGUCGGUAAAAUGUACCAAGACAAAAAAAAAUUCAGUGCGAAAUUGAGCCAGGCAGGCACACGGGGGUUAGCACAGGUGAACGUGAUGGCGUGGUUGAUCAGGGGUUAUUCCGGAGGUUAAUGAGGGAGUUCAGUCCACCUCUCACUUGUGGGUAUGUUGCCACCGGCAACCUCGUUUUGACAGGAUGGUGCUUUUUUUUGUCGCCCUGUUUGCAUAGCAAGCGACGGGCUUUGUCGUGGUUUACAGGUGAACACACCAGUGGGUCUGGUUAAUGUAUGAAUGAGGGGAUUGCCGUGGCCAGUCUCGCACACGCCCUGGUGCUUUUUUUACAAAGGGAGCUUCUCUGCCAGGCCUCGGAUACAGCCUGACUGUAUCAGUUGUAGUAUCGGUUUCAUCCAAUCAGUUGGCUCGAUUCGAUUGCAGUUGUACAAUUGGUGCUGCACAAAAUGAAGGAUUUUCUUUCCCGUUUUAUCGCUGCACUUUAAUUAUUCCAUAAAGGCACAAUUUAUUUUUUUCCAUGUUGACUUCCUGCAGCGUAAAUGAGCACAAACACGUCUUUGUACGACACACUCUGUACCCACUGUACUGGAUUGUGAAGCCCCAUUAACUGCAAGUGAAUUGAAAGACUUGUGUCCCAUAUAUCAGUAUUAAGACUCUACACCCGCCAUGGCAGAAGCUUUUUGUUGUGGAGAUGAAGUGGCACAGUGCGAUGAUCUGACGCCUCUUCCACCGUGAUUUGCGUUUGCGUUUCGCAGGGAAUAAUGUGGAAGCGUUAAAUCCGGACCGAGUUUCCAUGCCGACCGGCCAAACCGCAUUCCUCUGAGAAAUGUGUAUGAAUCUGAACACGCCUGAGGAGCCAGUGACGCCUGGCCUCCAGUGACGCCGUGCCUCAACGCUGUCCUUUUCGCGCGCUGUUCGAUCUAGAACCUUCCCCCCCCUCUGCCCAGAGGGACUGCACAGUUGUUGCUGGUUAUGUAAAGCUGAGUUAGACGGGCCUGGCGAAUAAGGAGGGGCUAUGGGAGGGUGAAUGAGCUGUCGUUUGGUGUCUGUAUUGCAUAUCUUUCUGUAGUCUUAUCUCUUCGGUGGGGAUAUCUGUGGGUGGAAGGAGAGUGAUAAAUGAAUGAAUGUAUUUGUAUUUGAUGGCAAGACUACUCCAGAAAUGGUCCAAUUGCUUGUGAUAAGUCGUCCUUGAUCUUAUGUGCAGUUUGUCUUUUUUUAAAAAAAAAACAUUGUUCAGUGUGUAUGUGUUCCAAUGCGAUUGACCGUAGCCGUGUAUUUUUGUGUAUCAGGACUGGUGUUAAGGUGUGGGGCUCACCAAUGCUGGUGUGAAAAGUAGGUUUACUUUCCACUGACGAGGCUCCUAGCGUCGUUCAUAGAAAAAUAAAUUGUGUAUUUAUUUUAAUUAUUUUAUGUAAUGUCCCCAUUGGUGUGUGAACACUGAACAGGAUUGUGGUGGAGUGCUGCUGCUAUAACCAAAUCAGAACUAUAGUAUUUGGCAAACGCCGUCCAAUCAGCAGAGGCGAUGAGACGAGGAAGACGGUGUCUCUAGCCAGAUUGAUCCGUCCCAUCAACGGUCAGUGCUGGUGUGUUGCAUCAUGGUGUUUAUAGUCUUCUCGAUGCUACGUUCAGGUAUGCCAAGACGGCUCGUAAAAAGCACACCUUAAUUUUCCUUCGGCUUAGAGACCGCAUUGUUGGAGUUUCUCAACCACUGCCUACGAACUGAAUUUGCACCCGACUCGCACUUAUGUACUCCACCGGUGACAUUCAGGGGAAAAGUUUAAAUGCUGAGUUUAAGUUUGUGCCAAGUGAUGCCAAGCAUUUCUCCUCUCUGUCUUCAGGGUAAAUGCUGCGGAUAGCACCUUGCUGUUUUACUCAUGUGUAGCCAAGUCUUCGCCACUUUAGAGCAAUGACACAUGCCCAGGCAUUUCUCAGUGAACCUGAUGUCUCAUAUGGUCGCCUUUGCAAUCGUAUUGGUGUUGAAUGUAACAUAAGAAGGGCUUUUAUGUUUUAAAUGUUAUUCAAAUGUUAAAAAAAUAAAAAAUUGGACAAUCUUA